AUCUUAUCCUGGUGAGACAGUAUAGGCUGAUGAGCACUUCAUUCGCAAGCUGUUCCUUUGAUCUUUUUGCACCAACCUGAACUGAAUCAAGACCAUGGCGUGUUCCCUGACGCCAAUCUCUGCACUCUCCUCCAACACCCGCUCUCCUCCCAGUUCACAAUCUUCGUACGCAAGGCCAGCAUUGGCUCCCAAAGCCGUUGCCAAAGAGCUCCACUUCAACCGCGAUGGUUCAGCCACCAAGAAACUUCUGGCUGGUGUGAACAUGGUGGCAGAGCUCGUGGGCGUGACGUUGGGACCGAAAGGACGGAAUGUGGUCUUGCAGAACAAGUAUGGGCCUCCCAAGAUUGUCAACGAUGGCGAGACUGUUCUCAAAGAGAUAGAAUUGGAGGAUCCUCUGGAGAAUGUCGGGGUGAAAUUGGUGAGGCAAGCUGGUGCAAGAACAAAUGAUCUCGCUGGCGAUGGGUCCACUACCUCUGUGGUUCUUGCUCAUGGCCUGAUCUCUGAGGGUGUGAAGGUUGUUGCAGCUGGUGUGAAUCCUGUCCAAGUUGCUCGUGGGAUUGAAAACACUGCAAAGGCCCUUGUUGCGGAGCUGAAGAAGAUGUCCAGAGAGGUCGAGGAUGAUGAACUCGUAGACGUUGCUGCAGUUAGUGCAGGAAAUGAUCAUGCAGUUGGAAGCAUGAUAUUUGAUGCUUUUCGGCAAGUGGGUCGGAGAGGCGUUGUCACUAUAGAGAAAGGGAAGUGUACUGAAAGCAGCCUACAGAUAGUUGAAGGCAUGCAAUUUGACCGUGGAUAUCUGUCUCCUUACUUCGUGAAUGACAGAAAGAAGAUGACAGUGGAAUUUCACAAUUGCAAGUUACUUUUGGUCGACAAGAAAAUCACAAACCCGAAGGACAUGUUUAAAAUUAUGGAUAGUGCGGUCAAAGAGAAGUAUCCAAUCCUCGUAGUCGCGGAAGGCAUAGAGCAGGAAGCUCUGGCUCCUCUAAUAAGGAACAAGCUCAGAGGCGUGCUGAAGGUGGCAGCUAUUAAGGCUCCUGCAUUUGGUGAACGCAAGAGCCAUUGCUUAGAUGAUAUUGCCAUAUUAACAGGAGGCACUGUCAUCAGAGACGAUAUGGGGUUGACUCUGGAAAAAGCCACGAAGGAAGUACUGGGAACAGCUUCUAAGGUUGUGGUAACCAAAAAUUCGACGUUGAUAGUUACAGAUGGAAGCACAAGAAAAGCUGUCGAGGAGAGAGUUUCUCAAAUCAGAGGCCUUGUCAAGAACACUGACGAAAAUUUUCAAAAGAAGAUACUGAAUGAAAGAAUAGCGAGGUUAUCGGGAGGAAUUGCUAUUCUUCAAGUGGGAGCUCAAACACAAGUGGAGUUGAAGGAUAAACAGCUAAGAAUUGAAGAUGCCUUGAAUGCAACAAAGGCAGCUAUUGAGGAAGGUGUUGUAGUUGGUGGGGGCUGUAGUCUUCUGAGACUGUCUACAAAGGUCGAUUGCAUCAAAGAACAUCUAGAUAAUGAAGAGCAGAAGAUAGGAGCAGAGAUUUUCAAGAAAGCUCUUAGCUACCCUGCAAGGCAGAUAGCCAAAAAUGCUGGUGUCAAUGGGAGUGUGGUAGUGGAGAAGGUCCUAUCAAGUAACGUCAUGAACUAUGGAUAUAAUGCCGCAAGGGACUGCUAUGAGGAUUUACUGGCAGCUGGAAUAAUGGAUCCGACAAAGGUGGUAAGAUGCUCUUUGGAGCACGCAGCAUCUGUGGCAAAAACUUUUCUAACCUCUGAUGCAGUAGUAGUCGACAUAAAGGAAGUAGAGCAGCCCAUACGGAUGCCGAUGCCAAUGCCGAUAAGAAAGCCUCUUAGAAAGCCGGGUAUUCCCCGGGCGGGUUUGCCACUUAUAGUAUAGAGACAUAAGCUGUUCCGGACUCACAAAUGCUUGAAGUACCACGCCUUCACAAGGAGAUGCCCUUUUUCCUUGUGGUACUUCAAUGGCAGUAACAUACUAGUCACACAACUGCUCUUGGUUAUGCUCGAAUUAGAAGCUUGUACAGGAAACUUGUCAACAAAGCUUUGUAUCUACAACAGAGCAGAUAUGACAGGAGAAAUGGUCAGUACACGGCCUCUUACCUCUGAAGAGAGUGAUUGUUUGUCUGUAUAUCACUAGCAGCAGAGAGACUGCAAAAUGAAAGAAGAAAGACAUAACUCAUUGUGACCUGAUGCAAAUUCAUAGGAAAUUUCAACUUCAAACUCUA